CCUAACGUGCAUUGUCAUACCCGUGAUCGCUCUCGCUAGCGCGUCCGCUUCAUCAUGAAGGUUAAAGGAAGAGGUGCUAAGUCCAAGAACAUGGAUAAACUUAUCGCGGCCGUACAGGCAAGGGAAUGUUUGUGGGAUAAGAGCUACAGGGGACAUAGGAACCGCUUUAAGCUGGAGAGAUACUGGAACGAAGUAGCGGCCGAGGUUGGCACGACAAGCUUAAAUUGCCGCAAAAGGUGGAAAAACCUCAAAGAUCAAUGUCGAAAAGAGAUAAAGAAACACCCCGCCGAAUCAGAUUGGCCUCAUUUCAUGAAACUCAAGUUCAUUCACAACCAGUUCCUUGUUGAUGACGAGGAAGGUGAUGAAGACACAGCGGAAGAAGUCUACAACUCCCUUGAUGACUCUAUAAAGAGACCUAAACUAGGAUAUACUAUGAGGAAGAAAUUAUUGAUGAGUAAGAGACGAACGAUUGAUGUUGAUAUGAACAAACUUAUAGAUCUUGUUAAAGUGCGGGAGAUCAUUUGGAAUAGACAGUUAAAGGGGCACCAUAAUUGGUACAAACUGGAUGAGGCGUGGAAAGAAGUAUCACUGGAAUUGGGUGUUACACGUGAUGAAGCAAGAUUGAAAUGGAAAUACCUAAGAGACCAAGCGAGAAAAGAAGUCAGAAAAGGUGAAUCUGAAUGGGAGUACUCUUCAAAAUUGCAAUUUCUGGUAAACCAAUUUUUCGACAACGAUGAUAAUGAAGGACACGAAGACACCUACAUACCGGAUUAUGAGAUACCAGAUCCUAAUACGAAUUAUUACGCCAACUUAGAUGAACCUAGCACAGCAGCUGUGGAUGAGCCAGAUGAUAUUAUUGUGAAUGAUAUCACUGUAGUUAAUGAAACAAGCGCAAGAGAUGAUGAUUUUGAUGAAUUUGACACAAAACCUAUCAUCCUAGAGACUGAUUUCUAUGAUGAGGAUGAAGAACCUCUUAGAAGUGCUUCUAAUGAAGGAGCGGCAAAAGAUGAAGAUGUCGGAUUCUUUGAUAGUAUUCUGCCGCAUGUGAAGAAACUAGCACCGGCUAAAAAGUUAAUGCUUCGAAUGAAAAUACAAGAACUCGUAUACAACACAGUGUAUAGUAAAACGUAGAUGGUAAAACUGUUAAGUCUUCAAACAUGGAUAUUGUUGAAUAUACAUUUGACAUUACAACUAAUGUAUAAUCGGAGAGUAUAUUAUGUUUUUUCUUUUUACUCUGUAUUUGCAUUAAGGCGUAAUUCGUAUAUUGCUGUUCUUCCGCCACAAGACGGCUUUCCUCUAACAACUGCUGAGUCAAAUUAGCCAUGGAGACGGAUCCUAUCCGUCGUUCCACUUUCCAGAGAAAACUGAAUACUCUUCCAAAUAAUUGUAUCGGCACACCACCAUUUGUGAGACAGAGCAACGUCGGGAAGACCCCAGUAUUAGUGGUCAAGGCAGUGAGAGAAAAAGAGGCAUGCAGAGGAUCGGAUCUACGCGAUGCCAGUCCAGUUUGGUAACUCGAUUCUAGUGAGGUUCUAGAGCGAGUCAGUAAAGGCUCUAGUUCUAGUGUCGUAAAGAUCUUCUUGAAAGAUGCGAAAACGAUUGUGAGGACUAAGACCGACCGCUUCAACAACAUAGCUCCUAGCAAGGCAGAGAUAAUUAUUCCAUGGUAAUAGUCAAGUGCUUAGUAAGUAAUGAUGUGCCUAUCUCACUUAAGGAUGAGGAGAAAAUUUAAGGAUUUCAUGGACCUUCAAAAUUAUGUUUCUAUCACAAUAGGUAGCCGCGCCUUGGCCUUUUUGUAUUGGGCGCGCUCCCUCAAGACUUGUGCUGCCAAGCGGGUGAAGGUGGAGUUCUUGCAUCAUCAGUGGUCGAAAUGGUUGGCUUAUCAUCGGUGCGAGUGUCUUCACAUUUUGCAGUCACUAUGUAAUUUCGCAAAAUGUUUUGGCAAUCAUCAGAUGCAUAAUUAUAUAAAUAUGGGGAUGAAAUUAACUUUCAGGUGGUUCAGGACGACCAGAGUCUCCUAUUGCCCGUUUUUAUAUCUUUGGGGGCCGCAGAAGUAUCUUGCCAAUGAUAGAAUUUUGGCUGUGUAGUCUGGCAUGGUCAUGUCUGCAUAAUUCUCUGAGAAUAUAGACUUUCGCAUUAGCCGUGAGGUAGCAACAGACCGACAGUUCUUGAUUCAAUAACACCUACAAGGCGAACUGCAAUUUAUGCUAACGGCUCAUGAUUUGUUCUAUUCGUUCGUUCUCGUCUAUAUCAGUACAAUUUUAUAACUGAAAUGAAUGUAAGUUCCAGAAAUUAUACCUAUUUCCGCAAGGAAUUAAUAUAAUCUCAUUGUAUGUAUCUAGUUAAGUCAUGAUUUUUUUAUUUAAUAAUAAACAUUACAAUUAA